AUGGCGGGGUCUUCGGAAGAGUUGGAGGUGCGCCACGAGCGAGAAGAGCAAGAGCUAGAGGAGCGCGGCAAGAAGCACAUCGAGGAUGUCACCGCGGCGGCUGGCAAGGGCAAGAAGGCGAAGCAGGUUAUCGAGGCAGCUGAACGAGAGGUGGAGCAGUGGUUGUACGAGUUGCGAGAGCGCCACAAGGAGGAGUUGGAAGAAGCGGCGCCACAAGAAGCCAAGUCCGAGGAGGAGGAAAGCAAGGUCGACAAGGUAAGUCCGGAGGAUGAGGCAGAAAAGGCCAGGAAGAAGAAGGAGAAGGCCCAAAAGAAGCGACAAGCCAAGGCCGACAAAGAGGCUCAGAAAGAAGCAGACAAGGAGAGGGAGAAGCGCGAGGCGGGGCCCUCCGCGCGGGAGCUGGAGCUGACGGCGCUGGCCGCGGCCCUGACAAAGCAGAAGCCCCCGCUGGAGGUGCUGGAGAUCCCCUCGGAUGGACACUGCCUCUACCGCUCCGUGGCGGACCAGCUGAGACGGUUCACGCAUCACGAGUUUACGGAGUCGGCUGAUGAGAGAUACAAGGAGGUCCGGAAGAUCUGCGCGGAAUCCCUGCGCAGCCAGGUGGAGAACUACUCGCCCUUUGCGGAGCUCAAGGAGGGGGAGGACUUUGAGGGCUACUGCCGUCGCGUGGAGAGCUCUGCAGAUUGGGGCGGCGAGCUGGAACUUCGGGCGCUGGCGGAUGCUUUGAAGGUCCGCAUCCUGGUCUUCCAGGCGGGCGCGGAGCCCUUGGUGCUCGGGGAGUCCAAGGCCAAGACCAAGCUGCAGGUCAGCUUCCACCGCCACUACUACGCCCUGGGAGAGCACUACAACUCCGUGGUGCCCAUCGCUUGCACCUCGCCACUUCCGGCGAUUUCGUGGCCCCGGCGCUUAGGGAAGGUGUCGACCUAUCACAUGCCCUGCGACUUCUCGCACAUGCAGGUGAUGGUCAUCCACGCCUCUCUGGCGGCGGGCUGUGCAUAUGAGUUCGCAGGCGACUUGCCGCUGAUCCUGGCAGGGGAUUUCAACUUCAGGCCGGGAUCUGCUCCCUACGAACUUCUGACCACCGGCUCUCUCCACAAGGAGCACUUGGACUAUCCGGGAACCAUCGAGGGCUGGAGCCUGGCCCGCGAGGGCCAAGUCUUGAGGAGUGCCUAUGCGGAGAAGCACAAGCAGGGUGAGCCAACCUACACCAACUUUGCCUGGAACAAGGCCUUCCCCGGCUUUUCGCGAAUUGCGAUUUGGCAGCCCGUGGCUUCAGUUUUCGAGUUUCCCAAAAGCAUUCUGCCGCUUGUCUUCGCGCGCGAGGACCAGAUCUGGUGGCGUGGGGUGAACAUUUCCGAUACCUUCCAUAAGCUCCAUGGAGACUCUCCGGUGAAAUCUUUGCCAAGGCGAAGACCGCAAUGGCAGUCCGUUUCCGAGUUCUUCGUCAGAGCACGAGAGGAAGCUGCACAGGAACAGCCCGGGUUCAGGCGAAUGCCAGAGAAGGGCAAGUCCCCGGGAAAGUUAGCAAUCCCUGUGAGCCGAGCGCAGAGUCCGGGCCGUGGGAGUAUUCGGCCGCGUUCCGCCACUGGCGUGAGCAAACGAGGUUCUCAGCCGUCUCGAAGUGAGCCGGUGAUCCGCCGGAGGCCCCAAUCCGCCCCUGCGCUUCUUCGCAACGACAUGCCUGGCCUCAUGCGGAAGACUCACGAGGACCCGUUGCGCCAGCACGUGGAGGAUGUCGCGGUGCAGAAGCGCAUGGAGUGGUUGAAGCGGGAGGGCCGCACCAAGCGCGACUUCAUCGAGCGGGUUGAUGUGCUCUCAGAUCCGAUCCUCUUCGACCUCAAGGUGAAUCACAACAGCGCCGUGCGCGCCCGCUCGGCGUCCAAAGAGAUACCCAGCCCCAGGAGCUCAAAGAGUUCGCAGAAGUCUGGCCAGAAGUCUGGUCAUCCGGCCAACCGCGCGGCGGAGAACCUGCGGCGGCUCUGUGGCUCCUUGUCCAAAGAUACUCGGCACCACUGCGCGCGCAUGCGGAUCCCAGCCAAAGUGGUGGAGGCGGACCGGCUGAAGCUUCUCUUCGAGAACCUGAAGGCCAUCCAACGUGGCACUACGGUGCUUCGGAAGCAACGGUCGCCGACCUCCCCUGCGCGAAGGUCGCUGACAGAAGACCCGGAGCAGUCUAAGAAGCCGGAGAUCAGCAUGGCGGUGGCGGAGGGUUUGAAGAACCUGUGGGGCCCUCACGUGGUGAGUCCGGGUGACAUGAACCACCCCUUAGUAAGGUUGGCCUAUUUCAUCAGCGGCAGCUUCCCCGGGCGAAUGCGGAUGAUUCUAGAGGCAUUCGACUGGGCGUGCACUGGCAGCCUGACGAAGCAGGACUUCUGCGUGGGUUUGGAGUUCAUGGGCUACUCUUCGACAGUAGACUACUCAGAUCUGUUCACUAUGCUGGAUGCCGAAGGACAAGGACGGCUAGAUGUCCGCUGGCUCGAGGAUCACCUGGAGAACCUCGUGGAUGCCAAAGAGUAA